GCGGCGUUGCGGGCGGCGCAUGCGCUGAGGGCGGGCCGGGGUCAGAGCAAAGUGGAGCGGAGGCCGGGGCACGCUGCAGCCAUGUUCCGCUGCCGAGUGGCCGCCGUGGCGGAGAAGCUGGCGCGGAGCCUGCGCUCUCUGAGCCCGAGGCCGCGAGGCCGGGCGGCGGCAGGCAACUUGUUGCAGCGAUGGAAUGUUCCCUUAAAACUACAGAUGAGCAGACAAAUGGCUAGCUCUGGUGCACCUGGGGGCAAAGGCGAUAGUUCUGCUUUUGUCCUUAUUGUGGGCUUAUCAACGUUAGGAGCAGGUGCAUAUGUGUACAAGACGCUGAAAGAAGACCGAGAGAGAUUCAAUGACCGCAUUGAAGCAAUGGCUAUGAAAUCCCAAGACGUAAAGUCCACCUCUGAGGGUGCUGCCUCCCAGGCCACAACAGAUGGGAAGGAAUCCAGGAAUCACCCUGCAGAGCAGGGGUUGACAACAGCUGAGCAGGGAGCUCCAGAGACAGAUCCGAGUGCUCGCCCUGAAUGUCCAUCCCAUGCUCCUUUCCUGCUAAUUGGUGGAGGCACUGCUGCUUUUGCUGCUGCUCGAUCCAUUCGGGCUCGUGAUCCUGGGGCUAGGGUGCUGAUUGUUUCUGAAGAUCCUGACCUGCCAUAUAUGCGUCCUCCUCUUUCCAAAGAACUGUGGUUUUCAGAGGAUCCGAAUGUCACGGAGACUCUGCGAUUCAAACAGUGGAAUGGCAAAGAGAGAAGUAUAUAUUUCCAGCCGCCUUCUUUCUACGUACCUGCUCGUGAUCUGCCUUAUAUAGAGAAUGGUGGUGUGGCCGUCCUCAGUGGCAAGAAGGUGGUGCAUAUGGAUGUUCGAGGCAAUGUGGUGAAACUUGAUGAUGGAACCCAGAUAUCCUAUGAUAAAUGUUUAAUUGCCACAGGUGGUUCCCCAAGGAAUCUUCCUGCAAUCGAGAGAGCAGGGAAAGAUGUGCAACGAAGGCUGACGCUGUUCCGCAAGAUUGAGGACUUCAGAGCUCUAGAAAAGAUUUCAAGAGAAGUCAAGUCCAUCACCAUUAUUGGCGGCGGCUUCUUGGGUAGUGAGCUGGCCUGUGCUCUGGGAAGAAAAGUACAUGCCACAGGGCUGGAGGUGAUUCAGAUGUUCCCAGAGAAUGGCAACAUGGGCAAGGUCCUGCCUGAGUACCUGAGCAACUGGACCACAGAGAAAGUCAAACGAGAGGGUGUUAAUGUCAUGCCCAAUGCUGUGGUGAAGUCCGUCUCUGUCUGUGGGAACCAGCUGAUAAUUAAACUGAAGGAUGGAAGAAAGGUGGAGACCGAUCACAUAGUGGCAGCGGUGGGCCUGGAGCCCAAUGUGGAGUUAGCAAAGUCUGCUGGCCUGGAGGUAGACUCUGAUUUUGGAGGGUUCAGGGUGAAUGCAGAGCUGCAGGCACGCUCUAACAUCUGGGUGGCAGGAGAUGCUGCCUGCUUCUACGAUAUCAAGCUAGGCAGAAGACGCGUGGAGCAUCAUGAUCAUGCUGUUGUGAGUGGAAGAUUAGCUGGAGAAAACAUGACAGGAGCUGCUAAGCCAUAUUGGCAUCAGUCAAUGUUCUGGAGUGACCUGGGUCCUGAUGUCGGAUAUGAAGCCAUUGGCCUUGUAGACAGUAGCUUGCCCACUGUAGGAGUUUUUGCUAAAGCAACUGCAAAAGACACACCGAAGUCUGCAACGGAGCAGUCAGGGACUGGCAUCCGCUCAGAAAGUGAAACAGAAGCAGAAGCCUCUGAGAUUACCAUCUCUGCCAGCUCUCCCUCAACACCUCAAGUUCCAAAGCAAGGAGAAGACUAUGGCAAAGGGGUCAUCUUCUACAUCAGGGACAAAGUGGUGGUGGGAAUUGUCUUAUGGAACAUCUUCAACCGGAUGCCAAUUGCUCGAAAGAUCAUUAAAGAUGGAGAGGAGCAUGCUGACCUCAAUGAAGUAGCGAAGCUCUUCAACAUCCAUGAAGAUUGAACCCCUGCUCCAAGACCCGUCUGGCUGGGAUGCAUCGGUGUAAGUGGGGACACACAUGCUGCAGGCUGAGAGCUCUCCCCGCCUUGGAGUGCUGACUCUGUGUUCUGAGUACUUUGUGAAUAUUUCCAGUAAUCUAGAACUCUAACAUUUGCACCAGUAAAUAAAACCAGAUUCUUCUAAAUUCAA